AUGUCACGUCUCCGGAUCGUCGACAAAGCUCUCAGGCUGCUCAUUCUUCUCACAGGAUGCAGUCCUAUGGCCGUUUUCGCCAACAGAGACCGCAUGGACGCAUGCGGGCUUAGCAUGCAGAGCUCAGACUUUCCAGAUAUUGACAGUUUUUCGUCGAUCGAGGCAACGUUCACGAUCCCAGAUGUAGCCCCAGGUGGGAAGGAAUCGGAACCCGAGGCACCUUACGUCCUUGCCGGCGUGGCUCUUUGCUGCGACAAUGACUGCUCGACUCGUCUCUUUGCUGGCCUCUGGGCUUACGAUGGAAAGGGAGCGCGUCAAGGAUACACAGCAGAACCGGUUUUCCAGCUUAGUCCCCAGUUUAGCUGGGCCCCUCUAUCGAAUGCCUAUCACUUUGGCCUCAACUCCUCAGACAUUUUUCGGACGCGAAUCGAAGUGCUCUCGCCCACUCGCGCACAACUAACAUUCGCCAAAUUUGAGAGCUCCAAGUCGAACCUCACAGUGACCGUCGACGUAAGCAUAGACGAGGAGAAGGGUUGGCCGAUUCUAAGCACCACCAGCCGCGGAAACGGAGCAGAAGACCGGCACAAAUUUGAUGCCAAAGACAAUGGUUCUUCCAGAACGCCCAAGCUGUGCGGCGAUUCUGCAUGGUGGUUUCUCUCCGACAACUUCGACCCUGGUCAGAAUAUCGAGCGACCCGGGGCUCUUAGGCGGUUCUCCCCAGUUUUGGUUGGAAACCAUCAAUUGCAGACCACAGAUGGCAAGUCAUUUCCAGCAGACUUGGGGCUGAGUGGGCAGCCACGGUUUUGGAACAUGGUGCGGACCUCCAACGGCCAGAACAGAACGCUGUGCGUGGCCAGGAUGCUUGCUGACAGCGGCAUGACCCUGCUGCACUCGCCCCAUGAUUGGGGGGUUUAGGAUUCGGAGUAACGGUCACUCGAGAACCGGGGGGUGGAUUCAGAAGAUACAUGCUCACGGAUGGCGAUGAGCACUGACUCCAGACUUUGGACAAUAGAGCUUGUCACCUCUGCUUGGUUAGGUGCCUGAAUACCACUAUUUACCUCAUUCUCGGUGCUGCAACCCGCAAAAGUCGGCACACUUGACAUCGAGAGUGUCAGGAACUCCCUGUUUCUGACUCCAGUCUCCGGUCGUGCAUGUCCUCGUAGCCCAGGCCCAGCCCAUAA